CAAUACAUCGCGUCACUUCCUUGGCAACGAAGAGUGCGUCUCAGUCGAGGACAACGACCGAGGAACACAUUCUUGACGGACGAUUCCAAUGGACACACGUACAUAUACAGAUUCUGAACCUGCACAACCGUUUCUCAGUGACGUAACAGAAAAACCCUCUGAAUCUGACCAUAUUUUCUCCAGUGAUGCAAAAGAAAAUCCACCUGAACCUGGGCAACCUUUCCUCAAUGAUGUAACAGAUAACCCAUCUGAACCUGGGCAACCUUUCCUCAAUGAUGUAACACAGAACCUACCUGAACCUGGGCAAACCUUCCUUAAUGUUGUAACAGAGAACCUACCUGAACCUGGGCAACCUUUCCUCAAUGAUAUAACAGAGAACCUACCUGAACCUGAGCAACCUUUCCUCAAUGACGUAACAGAGAACACUUCUGAACCUUUUCACCUGCCUUCUGAGUUCCAGACAUGUCCUCCUCUGGAUUUUUUACAUCUUUGUGUAUUUCCCACACUACUCCCAGGCCUUGAGGCUUUGCUACGAGAGGCACAAAAUCAACAAUGCUUCAAAAAGAGAAGAACAAAGUUCAACGCCCAUGAUUUUUUAACUGAAUGGCUUUACAAUAAAAACCCUAGACGUUUUAAUGCAGCAUAUAUAAACUUUGAAGAAAUUCCUUUUGUGAAAUCCUGGCUGCUAAUACACCCCCGUCCCCCUAUUCCCUUGUCGUUGUUGCUGUCGGAUGAUUCUGCUGCCACUCUUAUUCAGGCUUUCUGGAGGGGGUAUAAGGCACGCUGUGACCCAGAAGUGCAGGAGUUAAGACAAUGGCAAAAAGAGCUUCGAGAUGAAAGUGGCGACAUUAAGGAUAGAAUAAAAGAAUUUUGGGCCAUGCAGGAGUUAAAAGUUGGGAAAGUAGUUCCUAAAGAGAGAGAAGAUUCUGAAGACUUGGUUGAGGAAGAAGUUGGUAAAGAGAUAAAAGAUUCUGAAGACUUGGUUGAGGAAGAAGUUGGUAAAGAGAUAAAAGAUUCUGAAGACUUGGUUGAGAAAGAAGUUGGUAAAGCGAUAGAAGAUUCUGAAGACCUGGGAGAGCCGAACAGAUCUGCUAUGAAAGAAGUUGGUAGAGAGAUAGAAGAUUCUGAAGACAUGGGGGAGCCAAACCGAUCUGUUGAGAAAGAAAUUGAUAAAGAAAUAGAAGAUUCAGAAGACAUGGGGGAGCCAAACAGAUCGGUCUGUCACCAAGGCUUCAGAAAGUGCCACUGCUGAGGAAAACAUCCCGCAUUGUUCCUGUUCCAAAGAUGGCAGACUAAUGACUACAGACCAGUGGCUCUCAUCACAUCGAAGACCUUUGAUAGACUCGUCUUGGACUACACAAAUCCUCUUGUGGUAGACCACCUUGACCCACUGCAUCUUGCCAAUCAAACAAAGAUUGGAGUGGAGAAUGCAAUUAUCUAUCUGCUCCACAAGGCUUAUUCACACCUGGACAAAGCUGCCAGCA